CAGAAAAAUGACUUCAAAUCGUGAGUGGAUGUACAAAAGGUUAACGAGAGGUUUGUAUAAUCCAGAAUUCGUGGUGUUGAGCAAUUUAUUGAGUUUGCAAAGAAUCAUCGGGAAGGGAGGGAUGGUGAGAGACUAAGGUGCCCAUGUAACCGAAAAAAGUGUCAGAAUAAAUUUUUUGAAGAUGUUCUUACGGUCCACGAACAUUUAUUGCAUGACAGCUUCGUACCUGGAUAUCAUAUACGGUACUUGCAUGGAAAAAAUGAGGUUACUAGAAAUAUAGUUCAACAUGAAGAGAUGCAAAAUUGGGAUCAAACUAUGAAUAUUGCAUCAGUAAAUGUGGGUGCAAUUGAUGAGCCUGGAUCACCUACUUCAUACCAUAGAAUGGUCCUUGACGCCGCUGGCCCCUCAUUCGAUCCGAAUGAUAUGGAUGAAUUACUGAAUUCUGAUGCACAGAAAUUUUAUGAUAUGAUUGAUUCUGCAAAUUAAGAGGUGUGGCCUGGCUAUGAAACACAUUCUCAAUUGUCAGUUGUUGCACGUUUAUUGCAUAUCAAGUCUAAACACCAUCUAUCUGAUAGAUGUUUUGAUGACAUUUGUCAAUAUGUGAAUGAGAUGAUUCCUUCUGAUAACCUAAUGCCAAAAAAUUUCUAUGAAACUAAGAAGUUAAUGCAGGGAAUGAACAUGCCAGUAGAAAAAAUUCAUAGUUGUAUCAAUGCCUGUAUGAUUUAUUGGGGAGAAGACAGUGAACUUAGCCAUUGCAAGUUUUGUCGUCAUCCCAGGUACAAGCCUACUAGGAAAAUAUCUAAUUCAAAGAGAAAUCUUGUACCAUUCAAACAGAUGUACUACUUUCCCCUCACUCCACGGUUGCAACGCUUAUAUGCUUCCGGCAUGACUGUUGCACGUAUGCGAUGGCAUGCCGAGCAUGAAGUAAAGGAAGGUGCGAUGCGUCAUUGUUCAGAUGCACCCGCAUGGAAACACUUUGAUAAGAUGCAUCCAUCUUUUGCAGCUGAAAGUCGUAAUGUUAGAUUGAGGCUAUGCACAUAUGGUUUUCAACCAUUUGGACAAACAGGUCAACAAUAUUCAUCUUGUCCAAUAGUUGUGACACCAUACAACUUGCCGCCUUGGAUGUGUAUGAAAGAGUCCUAUUUGUUUUUUGUCAGCUAUAGUUCCUGGGCCGAAGAACCCUAAGCAAAAAUUUGAUGUUUUCUUGCAACCUUUGAUUGCAGAACUAAAAAAUAUGUGGAGUAUAGGUGUGGACAUAUAUGAUAUCUCUAAGAAGCAAAAUUUUAACAUGCGAGCUCCUUUGAUGUGGACAAUUAGUGAUUUUCCUGCAUAUUUGAUGUUGUCUGGAUGGGGUACUGCGGGUAGGCUAGCAUGUCCAUAUUGUAUGGAGAAUACAAAUGCUUUUACUUUGACAAAAUGUGGCAAACAGUCCUGGUUUGACAAUCAUCGUAACUUCCUUCCACUGGAUCAUCCAUACAGGACUAAUAGAAAUUCAUUUAGAAAGAAUAAAGUAGUCACAACGCAUCCUCCCCCGAUACGGUCAGGUGAUGAUAUAUUGAAGGAGAUAAAUGAAUUGGGGUUGAAAAAGGUAACAGAGCUUGGGGCUGAUAUUAUUAAUGGCAAAAUUAGCAAGUUUUCUGGUUGGAAGAAAAGAAGCAUAUUUUGGUAUUUACCAUAUUGGAGUACAAAUCUCAUUCGGCACAAUUUUGAUGUUAUGCACAUCAAGAAAAACUUUUUCGAGAAUGUGUUCAACACAGUGCUAGAUGUAGAUGGUAAAACCAAAGAUAAUCCCAAAUCUAGAGAAGACUUGAAAGAGUUCUGUCGACGACCUGAAUUACAUGCUGUUGGUGACGAAUAUCCGAAAGCUUGUUACACACUAGAUAAGAAGUCAAAAAAAGUAUUGUGUGAAUGGGUAGAGACUCUGAAAUUUCCAGAUGGAUAUGUCUCAAAUAUGGGAAGGUGUGUGGACAUGAAAAAACAUAAAUUGUUUGGUAUGAAAAGCCACGAUUGUCAUGUAUUCAUGCAAAGAUUGGUCCCUAUUGCGUUUCGUGAGCUAUUACCACAAAAAGUUUGGGAACUACUUGCUGAGAUGAGCCUUUUCUUUAGGGAUCUCACUUCUACAGCAAUUCGGGAAGAGGAUAUGGUCAGACUUGAACAAGAAAUGCCUGAAAUACUUUGUAAAUUGGAGCGUAUAUUCCCUCCCAGCUUCUUUGAUUCAAUGGAACAUCUCCCCGUGCAUCUUGCUUACGAAGCAAGGAUAGCAGGUCCAGUGCAAUAUCGAUGGAUGUACCCAUUUGAGAGAAACCUUCAAAAAUUGAAAAAUAAUGUUCGAAAUAAGGCACAAGUUGAAGGAUCCAUAUGCAAUGCGUAUUUAGUUGAGGAAGCUUCAUCUUUUUGUUCACACUACUUUGAACCUCAUGUUUACACAAGGCAUAGAAAAGUUCCACGGAAUGAUGAUGGUGGUACAAGGGAAAGGGAUGAACGCGAUGGUAAUCUUUCUAUAUUUACCUAUCCAUUAAGGCAUUUGGAAGAUGUAAACCAAGAUAUAUGACAGAAGAAGAACUUGAUGCAACUCAUAUUUAUGUUUUAUUAAAUUGCCUAGA